ACCAGUAUUCUUAUUCAGGAAUAGAAACUGAAACUAAUGUAAGGCUUAUAAAGGCACAACAGUCUCCCAGGAAGCAAUACACAAUCCAGAAAUACCCAUGGCCUCUGUCAGUGCCAGAGUUGCCUUGCUGCUUUGACUGGUGCUGAUCUCUGAGUGGCAAUGAGGUUGCUUACCCACCCAACAGUUCUCGAGGAGAUGCUGGGGGUGUUCUGAAGCUUUCAUCAAAUUCCAGUUCUAGAUCGCUAAAUGGCAACUUUCCUCAAGCUGCUCAUUUCUGAUGGGAAAAGCUGGGAGUGGGAGUCCAAACAUCAUUGAAGUGCUGGGAUCACAGUACUGCUGGUACUCUUCUUCAGGUGGAAGAUGCAGGCAAGAGACUUCCAAAGAAAUUAUUUGCCUGGAGAAAAUGGACGGGUGGUGUACCUGCUGUAUGAAAUCAGGUGGAGAAGUGGUUCCAUCUGGAGGAACUGGUGCUCGAACAACCGUGAACAACACGCUGAAGUCAACUUCCUGGAAAAUCACUUCAAUGACAGGACACAAACUCCUUGCUCCAUCACCUGGUUCCUUUCAACUAGUCCCUGUGGAAACUGCUCCAGAAGGAUUCUGGAGUUCCUGAGGUCACACCCUAACGUGACCUUGGUAAUAUAUGCAGCCAAGCUGUUCAGGCACCUCGAUUUCCGGAACCGACAAGGUCUCCGCACCCUGAUGGUGAAUAGAGUCACUCUACGUAUCAUGAGUCCUGAAGAUUACAGCUACUGCUGGAGAAAUUUUGUUGCACACCAGCCUGGAGAAGAUAAUUAUUGGCCCCAGAACUUCAUUUUAUACUUCGUUCUGAAUAGCAUAGAACUCUUACACAUCUUUUUGGGGCUUCCUCCAUUUCUGGCAAACUGAAUGCUAACGAGCCUCACCACCUUUCUUUCAAGCUCAGUUUGUGCAUCAAUACAAGACCAGGAAAGCCAGUCUCUGGCAGCCUUUUCUUCUGCAGCCUUGCUAAGUUUCUUGCUGCCACCAGAGAAGACUCUUAUCACUGUCUGGGCAUUGCUAAGUAUUGAACAGAGCAGAAGGAGCACAUGAGAAGCCAUCAGGAAGCUUGGAUGAUGCAGCCAGGCACCCAGGACACUCUGGUCUUUACAGACCUUUUUGAGAGCCCAGUGGGGGAUGGAGACCAUGCUCCAUAAUCAGGCCUUCCACAUCUCCAGAUUCUGCAAUCAGAUUCUGCAAGUGUCCUCUUGAGGCAAGUGUCCUCAUGUAACAUUUUUCAUGCUCUGAUCUGUUCUAAAGAAGUAACCAGCCAUGCAUUCUUGCUCUCAGAAUUUCUUAUGAAGAUCACUUUUAUGGCCACAUGUGUAUAUUUCAGAAUAUUUUUCAUACUAAUAAAGUUUUUAUGCAAUACUGUAAUAAUACUUCAUUUUAAGGUUUUUUUAUGAGUGUAAACUUUAUUUAUGACUGUAAAACCGGUGUAAUAAAAGGGAAGAUGUCAACAUUGUGGAAA